AUAGGGGGUGUGAGAAAGAGAAAUGCAGUGAGCGAGAGGGCGAAAUAGCAAUGUUUUGUCUCCCAGCGAGAAGAGCAAGAGAGGGAGGGUGAAGAGGAGGAGAGGAAAGGAGGGAGGGAGGUGAAAGGACCACUGAUCAGUUUUCUAUACCACAAGCGGGGACAUGCUGGUCAAAACCUGCCCGCUGCUUCACUUCAGGUGGACAGCGGAUCACUGACUGCACUUUUGUUAUGCAUCUUUUUUCGCCUGUGGAACGACCCAGACUUUUAUCAGCUGCUGUAAGGAGGGGAAACACAGGAUUUACCCACUGUGAAGGGGGAAAGAAAACAAACAAAACCAAAAGAGCCCAUAUCUGCCUCUGGCCUGCUGUGUUGUUUUGUGAGGUGCGGCGUUCUCAACUUGGCAAGUUGUGAAAGUCAGCGUGUGAAAGGUGAUGAGACACUAGUUGUCUGUGGCGCGAGGUGCGUUCGCCAAGCCCGCCGUCGUGCGAGUGUUUGGAAAUCACCGGGAGUGCAUCCCCAAGAGGUCGCUGGACUCUCAAUGUUGACCUCCUGUGUACGUGGGACACAGCUGCAAGUUUUUACUCCGUUUUUAGUUUUUUCGGAGGCGCAGUGUCCCGUUGAUCAGGCCUCACUCCUGGCACCUGGCCAAGCUAUCGGACCCCUCGCUCCCCCUGCCCCCUCCCCCGCCUCCCCCUGCCUCUCCCCCGUGCCUCCCCCCCGACGACUGCCCGCCGCUGCCCCCGCCGCCUCCCCCGUCUACCAUGCAGCUCCACUCUGGCCCCUACACGCUACCCUGGCACACAACCGACAGCAGUGACUUGUCCAUGCAGUGGGGCCAGCUAUCCAGACCUUACUCCUCCACAGACCGCAGUAGUUCCCUGGGCUCCAUGGAAAGCCUGGACCCCGCCACCCCAACCACACACCAAUACUCUGAUUCCCACAACUCACCCGUCGAUCCUGCCCUCUUCAACAACAAGCGAGACUCUGCCUACAGCUCCUUCUCAGCCAGUUCCAACACAUCCGACUACGCAACGGUGCCGCUCAGGCCCGGUGAGGCCUGCUCCAUGGAUAACCUCCUCCAGGGCCUGGGAUCUGCUUGUAGAGGCUACCCUUGCAGGGAUGUACCGACACCGGGGAACUCAUCAAGUGAGGCCCAGGAUGAGGCCCAGCUAAUGGGAAUCAAGUCCAGGUCACUGACAAGGCCGAAAGCAAGGUCUGCUGAAGCGAGAGGGAGGCCCUCCUCCUGCUGCUAUGAGGAGGAUAGGAAGGGAGAAGACCUCAAAAACAUGAUGGAUAAGGAAAGAGGUGUUCAGCAAAAGGCGAAUCCCCCUCAGCCUCCAACCAGGAGAGAUAGUUUCAGGGCCACAAGGAACCACCCAGAGGACAAACGUUGCGUCUCUGCCCCUGUCGGAAUUCCCAGCCAUUCCAGUUACUGCAACGAGGAUAAGGAGUCCCCCCCCUGUCUCGAACUGAAAAUGCGUAACGGCUACCCCAGUGAGUCUGAAAUAGGUGACAGAAAUGGGAAUUUCAAAGAGGAGUCACUGGAACUGUACUAUAAGAUUCACAGUCAGAAUGAAGAUUUAAACAGUAUCAUAAAUGAUAAUAGCACUAAUAAAGACUAUGACUUGGAGACCUCCACAGAACACCACCAACACCUUGCUCAGGGGAGUGCCUGCCUUCGCCCCAUUAGCUCAGGUUGCCAGGGCUCCUUACCUCAAGAACCCUCCAUAGAACAGCAGAGGGUGUCUGACCUGUUGUGUUCUGAGACCAAGCCCUCCUUACCAGAACUGCACCGACAUAGUGCCCCGGAAAAGCUUUUGGCCUCCCAGCUUCAGCUGCUGCAGUUCAACGGUGAUAAUUCAUUGGUGGAGGUUUCUGAUGACUCAAAUCCCUCAGAGCCCUCCUUGUCUUCUUGUAGCAGCCAGUGGACCCAGUCAUCUCAUCAGCUCACAGGGGAAGACCUUGCUGGUGAAAACCUCCUUCAGGCCUCGCAGAACAAGUGGGGAGGCAGUCGUUGCUCCACCCCAGGCUCAGUGUUUUUGGAUGGGGAUUGUGAAGGAGGUGAUAUAGGAGAGAGGCUGAAGGGGAUGGAGGAUGUGCCUGGUGGAUCCCUCUCCACAAAUCAGCACCACCGCCAUUGGGGUCGCUCUGUAAGUGUACCUGGGGACCCCGGUGUAUCAUCCGCUCAGGAAGGAGUUAGCUCUGACCGGGUACUAGAUAGAGAAUUUACGCCACUCAGUUCUGCCGCCAGUGUGGACACUUUACUGGAGGAGCAGAGGAGAGGAGAAGAAGAGAGGGGGGGAGGAAAAGAAAUAGAUGCAGAAGGAGAGGCUGCUAUGAAGAAACUCAGUUCAUCCAGGAACCAUCGACGGAACCGCCGCCGCAGCGAGCGUUUUGCCACUAACCUUCGAAAUGAGAUCCAAAGGAAAAAGGCCCAGCUUCAGAAGAGCCGUUGCCCUGGAGGGCUUCUUUACAAUGGGGAAACUGUGCAUGAGGAGGAGGGUCCAGACCUUCAUGAGCAAGGGGGGGACCCAGACCCACCUGCCCAGGAAAGAAGCACCAAAGUUGGGAUUGUCCCGCAUGUUAGUCCCUUAGCAUCAGGGACCACAGCCCCAACUGAGGAACCACCGACUUCAAGUGAGGUGAACCAUCAAGGCUUACAGACUCAUGUCCGCUACAAUCGAUCGAGUUCGGUCCAGAUUUUGGACCCAGGGGUCCCUAGUUUUGGCGUCGGUAUCCGGGUGGUGGAGGAACCAGCACCGGCUGGUAAAGCUCGCCGCUGGCGCUGGACACCUGAACAUAAACUGCAACCAGAGCCCCAACCGGACCGACGGCUCAGAGUUCUGGGUGAAAGAGUGAUAGAGGUCACAGGGUCACGGCAUGGGGUUUGUGCCUUCACUUCUUCUGGCUCUUCAUCCACCCGCUCUUCCUCUGCUUCUCGGAUGGAGGAUUCUGAUAUCCUUCCGUUUGCAGAUAGAAUGAAAUUUUUUGAAGAGACUAGCAGAAGUGUGUCUGUGUCCAAUCUUGCUGGACUGACAAGUCACAGGCAGUGGAAACACCCUGAACCUUUGGAGGCCCAGGAAAGGGAGAUCGGUCAGCACCACACCCAGAGGAGGUACUCCUACCAAGGGGGACUCUAUCAGGAAGGCGCCCUGCUUGUCAACACAAUGGAGGCCCGAAGGCAGUCUGUGAGCAGCAGCAGGGGGAGAGAAAGAGAAAAAGAGAGGGAGAGGGAGGAGAGGGUGAGAGAACAGGAAAGGGAACUGGAAGAGAGGAAGAGAGAGAGACAAUGGGAGAGAGAGCGAGAGGAGAGAGAAUUAGAAUUGGAGAGGACAAGGCUGAGGGAGGCUGAGAGGGAACGAGAGAGGGAGAAGAGGGUAAGAGAGUGGGAGAGGGAGCGAGAGAGAGAACUUGAGGUGGAGAGAGAGAGGGUCAGAGAGAAAGAACAGCAGGAAAAAGAAAGAGAGAUUGAAAGAGAAAGGGAGGAGAGAGAGAAAGAAAAAGAAAGAAAGGCUCAGCCUGCCUCAGAUCAGGACUUUUACAACAGCUCAGGACUCAAAGGAAAAAAGCAAGACUUCCAUCAUCAGGACAACCUACACAACCCUUUGCCCCAGUUCCAAGCUCAGACUCUCUCCCACAGCCAAGCCCACAAUCAGGCCCUUCGGUCGGCCUUCUUUUCAGUCAACAAUCGCUCUCAGUACCCGGAGAACCAGCCACACACAGCCAGGAGCCACACGCCUACAGAAUCGUAUCCCGCCCAGCAACAAGAAACGGCAAAGCUGAACAGGAAGUACAGCCUGACCGAAAGGGACUACCCAAGGUGGAGACAUGACUCCAGGACACUAGAGAGCCCCAAUCAGCACCAACAACAUUUGUACCAGGGUCAGUGGGACCCCAGACCGAAUGACAGCCACAGGGAUGACCGCUGUGGGUCUACGUUCGCUCCCCCGCCAGCCCCUCUCUCACUUCGGGGCCGCGCCAUGUCCGAAAACGACCUCCGCUAUGACGGCAGUCAUCGUUGGUCACCUUCCAUCUCCAUGUCUACCAGCCAGACACUGUGUGAGGUAGAGGAAGGAGGGGGUGGGGACCGAAGCAGAGAGAUGGGAAGCAUUGCCGGGCUGCCCAGGAGGAAGACCCCGCCUCCGCCGAGGCCGCCACCCCCGAAGUGGGAGCAGUUUCACCGCAGGCGAGCAUCCUAUCACACCCUGUUUGAAUCUCCUCCUGUUUCCUCUUCCUCCACUGCCAUGCUGCCUCCAGCUCGUCACUCAAUCUCACCGUCUUUUAGCCCUUCGGAGGGACACCGUCCCUUUCAACGGUCCCUGUCCAUUGCUCCACCUGAAACAUCCAGGCAGAGGUCCUACAGUCUUCCACCACAGAGGCAGGAAGUGCAGGGUGGCUGCUGGCGUUGCAGCUGCAACCAGGGUCAGCCUCAGGGUCAAGAACGCACCUACACCAGUGCCCCGUCCAAUCGAAACGAGUCUGAAAUUCGGGAACGCCCCUACUCUCACGGCUCGUCCAACCAGAGCCAGGCUCAAAUUCAAGAACAUUCCUUUUCCAUCGCCCCACCCAGUCCUAUGUUCUCCAGGAGAGCCUUCAGACCUGUGGCUCCUCCACAUAGAGAGAAAGAGGGAGACUCAAGGGUUGGAUUGGGAGGCCAGAGGGAAAGAGGGGACAUGCUGCCACCUCUACCUCCACCUGCUCCACUACCACCAACAGAGAACUGUGUAAACAGCUUAUUUGAGAUGGACCCCAGCAACAGCCCAGAUGAGGACAGUACAACAAAGGGGAAAUCUCACAAAGUUCUGCCAAAUCUGAGACCAGGGGCCGAGUGGGAGAGAACUCAAUCUUCCAGAGUUCAUAGUGACAAGUCUCUCCCGGCUAUGGUUGGAAAUGGAGUUUGUAGCGAGGCUAUAUCUCUUCAAUCCUACUUUGCCAUAAACUACGAUCAACAGCCACCCCUACGGAAAAAAAGAGGGUUCAGGGGCUAUUCUGGAAACACUGGCAGUAGCACAGAACCCCGAAAGAUUCCAGGAAUGGAUCCGGAACCAGGAACGGAAUCAGAAACUACCCUUAGCCCAAGCCCAGCCCACAGCCUAGAGGCUGAGCUCGAUAUCCCCAUGGAGACUGACAUUGAUGAUUUCCAGGAAGAGGAGGGGCUUCCCCUUGAGGACGAGCCAAUCAGCAGUGAGCUCCCUUGCUUUGCCCUGCCUGUCACCGUGCUGGAGACGGACAUCGACACCUUACCCAGUUCAGAGGCCUCGCCCUUGGACAGGAUGAGAGCAGAGAGCGGCUCGCUGGACGAUGAGCUGGAAGUUGGAGAGAGGAGCAGCGAGGAGCUGAGGCUGGAGGAGCUCUUCCCUCAGGGCAGUGAAGGGGAAUCAGAGAGCUGGAGAGGAGCCUACCGCACCAUAGAGCACAAUUCAGACAGCUUGGACAGGCGGUCUGGUGCGAGCUCCACCUCUUCUUAUCACAGCACAUCGGCGGCCAAGGCCCAGCUGCUGUCCCAGAUGAAGGACCAACAUGACGCCAGAGAGCGGGAUGAGGACGACGAGCUGACUUAUAAGAAACAGCUGAUGGAGAGCCUGCGUAAGAAGCUGGGGGUCCUGAGAGAAGCCCAGAGGGGGCUACAGGAGGACAUCAGAGCCAACGCCCAGCUGGGAGAGGAGGUGGAGAGCAUGGUGGUGGCGGUUUGUAAGCCCAACGAGGUGGAUAAGUUUCGGAUGUUUAUCGGGGACCUGGACAAGGUGGUCAGCCUCCUUCUGUCUCUGUCAGGGAGGCUGCUGCGGGUGGAGACCUCCCUGGACACGCUGGACCCGGACACUGCGCACCAUGAGAGGCUCCCUCUGCUGGAGAAGAAGUGUCAGCUCAUGAAGCAGCUGUCGGAGGCCCAGGACCUAAAGGACCACGUUGACCGCAGAGAGCAGGCCGUGGGCAGGGUCCUGGCUCGGUGCCUUUCCCCCGAGCAGCACAGGGACUACAGCCAUUUUGUGAAGAUGAAGGCAGCGUUGCUGGUGGAGCAGAAGCAGCUGGAGGAUAAGAUCCGGCUGGGAGAGGAGCAGCUCAGGGGGCUGAGGGAGAGUCUGGGCCUGGGACUUGGCAUGGGCAUGGGCAUGUCUAUGGGCUAUGGACAUUAUUGAUGAGAAGUACAGGGAUGUCAAUGAGCUAAGAGCUAUCAAUGAGCAUUAACCAAAAGAUGAUGAAGAUGGAGAAAAGCCCGGCGUGUACACACAUACACACACACACAUGUACACACACACAAAGACCAGGACAACUCUGCACCAUUACAUUACUUUACGUUUUUGCCAAUGAGGCAAGAGGAUGCUACUUGUUUCUGAUGCAACUCAUCAUGCAUUUUCUGAUUUCAAGGGACAUGAUCUUGAUACUAGCAUACUGAAUGGCUUUAUUUUGAGAUUGUGUCAUUCGUCUAGAAAAUCCUCAAAAGGAGCGAGAAUCCACGGGACGCAAGUAAACGCUCUCGCUCCGUUGCCAACGUUUGUUUUUUUCUUCACCCGCUUUCAAGAUAACAAAACUCUUCGGCUAUACCACGAGCCUGAGAGACGGAGGCCUGUCGAGAACUCACCUUGUAACGAAAAGGUGGGAGAUGGUUGUGAAAGCGACUUCAAGUCAGGUGCGGAGAAGGCAAAUCUUCGGACGCCGUCAAAGUUUUUGCCGCACCGAUGAAGAAAAGGAUCCGUGUUGAAAUUCUCAACGACGCCUUGAAAAAGACUGCAACUGGAUCACGUCGAAGAUUUCGCUAUAAGGCCCUUGACCAAUCGCAAAUAUUCCCUCUAUGUUCAAAAAAGCUCUUGAUUGGGGGAGGAAAAAAAAGGGCGUAUUUACUCAUGCGGUUUUGCGGGCGAUUCUAUGAAAAGCUCUUCCCAGCACCACGAGUACACUCAUCCGUCGCUCAACCCUGCGGCUUCCGGUGCCACCCUCAACCCGCCGGGUCACGCACGACAGCUCUUCUUCCUCACGCUCCAGUUCACGUUAUUCACUCGUGUGCGUUAGUGCACGCUGCCGGCGCGUGUCUUAGCAGUUGCGUUACGUAGCCAAAGAUGCCAUUGUUUGAAAAGCUUGGCGCUGCCUAAUCCGAAUCUCCCCGAGGAGAAUUUUCUCGCUGCUUCUUGUAAAGAAAUUGUAUUUCUCUAAACGUUAACUGCCUUGAAGUGUCACAGAAUACAGUCGCAGCAACUGUUCUCUGUUCCGUUAUCGUAGCCCCGGUAGAACGAAUGGGCGCCAAGCGAAGGCGAGUUCUGUCUUCCCUAAACUCUGGACUGACAAACGUUUUUGUUUUUUGUUUUUUUUGCCGUCUUUCCUGAGGAAUGACAGCCGUGUUCUGCAAUACGUGUUUUAUCUGUGCACUACUUUUGUUUGGGUGUGUCUGUAUCCUCUUUGACCAGACGGUCUACAGCUGUAAUAUGUUCGGGAGUUUGAGACUCUCCGUCGACCCGUAUAUUGUGGCACAGCGCCUUUUAUGUAUAAACGACACCUCUGUUCAUAAUGUGUACCUUUUGUAUAUAGUGAUCGAUCCCAAAUGACUGGAUUCUGUUGUGACUGAUGCGCGUGCGGCAAGUUCUGGAAGAGUAGAAGUGCCAUGUUUUACGUUCGGGGGGGGGGGCAACCAACACUACAGCAGCAUUUAAUUUGUCAAGCAUUACAAUUGUCAUUUUCACCUUUUGAGAAUGUGUAAGGGUCUGCCGAUGUAAACAUAUGACACAUAAUUAAACUAUUUAACCCCAAAGCUCAGUUUGUUUAUUCUUCAGCCGGGUGUUAACAGGACGUGCCCCCUCCCCCCAGGGACUUGUAUAAAGUUGAGUUAGUUUUUGGUUUUUUUCCACCAAAAACUUUCACAUGAUGGAAAAGGAUUUGUGCACACCCGUCAAAGGUCAGUUGGUUAGCUCUGUUAGCCUGUUGUGUAUAUAUAUAUAUAUAUAUAUAUAUAUAUAUAUAUAU